CAGUAAGAUGAAGACGGCCUCUCUUCGCCCGGUGCUCCUGGUAGCUGCGGUUUUGGCCGUCCUGUCCAUGGCGGCUCAGGUGUCGGCUAAAACCACGCAGAAACCAAAGUACAAGUUCACCAAAAAGCCCGCCGGCCCGCCGGCCCCGCCCCCGCCCGCCGUCACCACGACGCGCCCCGUCACCCAGCCCGCGGACUUCCUGUCCACCACAGACAGCACCUAUCCCAGUGACUUCCUACCAGAGUACCACACAGACAGCACGGCGCCGCCUGGUGCCGGGCAUGAGAACUACACCCUGGACUACAACGAGUGCUACUUCAACUUCUGCGAAUGCUGCCCCCCAGAGCGGGGCCCCCCCGGCCCACCGGGCGACAGAGGACCCCCAGGUGUGCCUGGUGUGAAAGGGGAGAUGGGCCCCACAGGGUUCCCUGGAAAACCUGCCCCCACAGGAGCCCCAGGAGAGAGAGGAGCCAAAGGAGACAAAGGAGAUCAAGGAAAUGCUGGAAUACCGGGAACUCCUGGAAUUUCAGGAAAACCAGGAGAGAGAGGGGGCCAGGGCGCCAAGGGACGGAAAGGAGACCUUGGAUUUCCGGGGUUCAAAGGCGACCCGGGUUCGAAGGGGGACCCGUGUGUGAACGGGACGAAGGGAGAGAAGGGGGCGGCGGGGCAGGACGGGGUGGCGGGACCCCCGGGCCUGCCUGGAGAAAAAGGGGCGCAGGGAGAGUCUGGGAAUAAGGGGGACUGCGGGACUUUCGGGCAGAGGGGGGAGAGGGGGGACCCCGGCCCCCAGGGUCUGAGGGGAGAGGGGGGCCCCCCUGGGGUGACUGGAGCUCCAGGAGCCACCGGGAUGGCGGGGGAUCCGGGUAAACCUGGGGCCCCGGGGCCAAAGGGAGAGCCAGGGGUGCGGGGUCCCGUCGGGCCCCCCGGGGGCAGGGGGAGGAACGGCCCAAAGGGGGACAGGGGCCCCCCAGGGAUGAGGGGGGACAGGGGCCCCCGCGGCAUGAAGGGGGCGCAGGGGGCGGGGCAGGCGCAGGGCCGCUCGGGGUUCAGCGUGGGGCUGUACCCCAGCAAGUCCUUCCCCCCGCCGGGGUUCCCCAUCCGGUUCGACAAGGUCUUCUACAACGGGCAGGAGCACUACAACGCCACGCUCAGCAAGUUCAACUGCUCGCUCCCGGGCGUCUACGUGUUCGCCUACCACCUGACGGUGCGGAACCGGCCGCUGCGCGCCGCCCUGGUGGUGAACGGCGUGCGGCGGCUGCGCACGCGCGACUCGCUGUACGGCCAGGACAUCGACCAGGCCUCAGGCCUGGUGCUGCUGCGCCUGGCCGCCGGCGACCUGGUGUGGCUGGAGACGCUGCGCGACUGGAACGGGGCCUACUCCAGCAGCGAGGACGACAGCACCUUCUCCGGCUUCCUGCUGUACGCCGACCUGGCCUGACCCCGCCCCCUGCCAGGCCUGACCCCGC